AUGUUUAUACAACGAGAACGAGAAAUAUCUGAUAAUACAUCAGUGACAUUAAAUCGAUAUCAAACAUUUCAAGAUCAAUCAUUAAAACAAGAACGAAAACUGGCGAUACAACGGUCACUUCUUUCAAAUUUUGCAUACAUAAAAUCAUCAAUACCACAUAACAAUAUAUCUGGUACUCUUUCAAAAAGUAAAAUUCCAUUAAAACAACAAUAUCAAGUGUCGAAAAAUGCUAUUCAUGAUAAACGUUCAAAAUCUCGUUAA